CACCACUACAACCCACUACAAACUCACAUUCAUAUAUAAAUAACCCGAUUAGCCCGAAAUUUCAAUUCAAAAUCUCCGUUUCAGCCUUCUUCCUCUGUAAUAGCCCGAUUCGCAUCGAUCCGACCUGCAAAACCCAAAAAAUGGCGAGGGCUGGCCUCGCGUACCCAGAGAGGUUCUACGCGGCUGCCUCGUACGUGGGCUUCGACGGAUCUCCGGACUCCUCCUCCAGAGGCGUCAGCUCCAAGUUCUCCAACGAAGUCGCUUUGCUUCUCUACGCUCUCUACCAACAGGCAACUGUAGGGCCUUGUAAAAUUGCCAAACCUAGGGGUUGGAGUCCUGUCGAGCAAAGCAAAUGGACAAGUUGGAAUGGGCUUGGAAACAUGGCUUCCACAGAAGCAAUGCGGCUCUUUGUAAAAAUAUUAGAGGAAGAAGAUCCAGGGUGGUAUUCGAGAGCAUCCAAUGGCGUUGCAGAGCCCAUUGUAGAUGUGGAAAUAAAUCAUUAUCCAAAGGUUGAGGCAGUCACCGAAAAUGGAAACACUUUUCCCGAGACAAAGACCAUUCCCACUGAAAAUGGGAGCUUGUUGGAAACUCAGGAUAAAGAUGUUGUAUUGGAGGGCCUUGGUUCAGUUAAUGUCUAUGAUCAAUGGAUUGCACCUCCAGUAUCUGGUCCACGCCCAAAAGCAAGAUAUGAGCAUGGAGCAGCAGUUAUUGAUGACAAGAUGUACAUAUUUGGCGGAAACCAAAAUGGACGUUACCUUAAUGAUCUUCAGGUUCUAGAUUUGAGAAGUUGGACUUGGUCCAGGAUUGAAGUUAAAGCCGAGACUGUGUCUCUAGAAUCACCUUCUCCAGUACCAAUGCCUCCCUGUGCUGGCCAUUCCCUGAUACCAUGGGGGGCAAAUAAGCUUCUUUCAUUAGCUGGACAUACGAAGGAUCCUUCUGAAUAUAUCCAAGUGAAGGCAUUCGAUCUGAAAACUCAUACUUGGUCAACCUUGAAGACUUACGGGAAACCGCCGGUCUCACGCGGAGGCCAGUCUGUGACCCUUGUAGGUUCAACUUUAGUCAUAUUUGGCGGACAAGAUGCAAAGAGAUCCCUCCUGAAUGACCUGCACAUUCUUGACUUAGAAACCAUGACCUGGGAUGAAUUUGAUGCUGUGGGGGUGCCGCCUUCCCCAAGGUCCGAUCAUGCUGCAGCUGUCCAUGCAGAGCGUUACCUUCUUAUUUUUGGCGGGGGUUCACAUGCUACUUGCUUCAAUGAUCUGCAUGUCCUUGAUUUGCAAGCGAUGGAAUGGUCAAGACCUACACAACAGGGUGAGAUACCAAGUCCCCGGGCUGGGCAUGCAGGUGUGACAGUUGGUGAGAACUGGUUUAUUGUUGGUGGUGGUGACAAUAGAAGUGGGGUCUCAGAAACUGUUGUCCUCAACAUGUCUACGCUGGUUUGGUCUGUUGUAACUACUGUUCAAGGACGUGUUCCUCUUGCCAGUGAGGGCUUGAGUUUGGUCGUGAGCUCCUACAAUGGUGAAGAUAUCCUAAUAUCUUUUGGAGGUUAUAAUGGGCGGUACAACAAUGAGGUUAAUGUCCUUAAACCGAGUCACAAAUCAGCCUUGCAAUCAAAAAUGGUGGAGACUGCUGUACCUGACAGUGUGUCAGCUAUUCAUAAUGCUACAACCAGAGACGUGGAAUCUGAAUUUGAAGCAGGCCAAGAAGGAAAAAUAAGGGAGAUUCUCAUGGACAAUGUUGAUUCAGAUCCAAUGAGAACCAGAAGCGAAGAAAGCAAUGAACCUCUUAUAGCAACCCUCAAGGCAGGGAAAGAAGAAUUAGAAUCAUCACUCAGCAAGGAGAAGAUGCAGUCUCUUCAGCUAAAGCAAGAGUUAGUCGAAUCUGGGGCACGUAACUCAGAUUUGUAUAAGGAGCUUCAAUCUGUGCGUGGGCAGCUAGCUGCUGAGCAGUCGAGAUGUUUCAAACUUGAGGUCGAUGUAGCAGAGCUCCGACAAAAGCUGCAAACAAUGGAGACCCUACAAAAGGAACUUGAACUUCUUCAACGACAAAAGGCUGCUUCUGAACAAGCUGCCUUCAGUGCAAAGCAGAGACAGAGCUCUGGUGGCGUGUGGGGUUGGCUUGCCGGAACUCCUCCUAACCAAAACGCUCCUGAAGACUGAAAAUAUAAACCCAAAUACACAGCAAUUGCUAGGUUUGCGCCUCAAUCCAAUUUUUUUUUUUUUGGUUCUUCGAGUAUUUUUGUUUCUCUAAACCCAGUUCUUUUCAGAUACAGAAAUAAGAUGUCUCAGGUUCACUUGGCCAGAGGGACCUCUAUUAGGUUUAUGCAUAUCAUUACAUGUUUUGUAAUUUCAGGUCUGUAAUUAAAUGUGAUUAUUGGUGAUAUAUUUUUGCGAUUUUUAUUUAGAGAUUGUGUUUGUAGUGACAAAAUUAUUGAGUUGAAGUAUAGAAUUUUAUUGUUUGCCAA